AUGGACAUUGAUUUUAUUAGUUACUUUGAUUUAUUGGCUGAUUUAAAAAAGAAUUGUAACUUCGAUGUUUUUGAGGGAGAUAAGUUCUUUUAUCUGAGAGGUGAUAGAGUUAUUAGUGAUUACGAAGGGUUAGUCGAAUGUCGUGAUGAUUCGGAUGUUAGGAACAUGCUAGUUAGUUAUAAAAGGCAUAAGGAGAAAUCUAUCGAGAUUUAUGCGCUAUCAAAAGAUUGUGAUAUUUUUAUGAGUUCCGGAGAAAAUAGUUCUAGAGAAAAUGCAUCAGAAGAGGUAAAUGAAGCAGUUGUGGAAGAGCUCGAAUCAGCAAAUUCAACAGGCUCAAACGUUGUGAAAAGAAAAACUAGAGGGCCUACCCAAUGCAUAAAAAUAAUCAACUUACAGGAGGGUGAAAAAUUGCCUAUAGAAUUUGAUGAUGAUGAUCAAGCUAUUGGCAAGAAUGCAACUCAAUUUACUUGGUUUUUGGGGCAAACAGUUAGAAAUCGAAUUUGUUGUCCCUUAAAAGUAAGUGGUUGGAAAGAGAUUGAGGAAGAAAAGAUCGACCAUAUGUGGGACAUCAUCUUGGAAAAAUUUAAUUUCGAUGUUUUUGAGGGAAGAAAAGGCGCAAUUCUUGGUCAUAUGAGUGACAUCUACAGAGGCUAUAGGCACAAGAUGAAAAGCAGGUAUUUCGAUUCGAAGACAACUUAUCAACUUCGCUUGCGAAACAAGCCUAAACUUGUUAACGCAGAUGAAUGGAAAUAUUUGGUCAACCUUUGGAGUGAUGCUGACUUUCAGAAAAAAAGCAUGCAGAACAAGACGAAUAGAUCGAAACGUUCAUUGCCUCCAUAUAUUGGAACUAAAAGCUAUGCGAGACUUAGACCGGAAAUGGCGGAGAAAAAAGAUGGAAAAACUCCUUCUCGUGUUGAAGUUUUCAUGGAAUCUCGCAAGAGAAAAAAAGGAAAACAAGUUUAUGCUUUUCAACAAAAUGCUAUUGAUCAAUUUGGCCAAUUCAAAAAGCAGCAAGAAAAAGGAGAAAUUUCUUUAAAUGAUGAUGAUAUCUUCGAAAAAGUACUUGGGGCAGAAAAAAAUGGAUAUCUUCGUGCAUAUGGCCCAGCAAAAAAUAUUAGUGAAUAUUUCGGGGGUAGACCAACGAAGGUACAACUCAUAAAGCAAUUAGAAUGGACAAGAAAAGAAUCGAACGAGCGUGUGGAAGAAGUUAAAAGGGAAGCUAAGGAGCAAAUAAGGGAAGCUAAGGAGCAAAUUGAAGAAAUGAAGAAAGAAACGGAUAAUAAUGAAAGAGAUUAA